ACCAGCUACAGUCUCUAGAUUGCCAUGGCAACGGUUGUGAUGGAGCAGAUAGGCCGGCUGUUCAUCAACGCGCAGCAGCUGCGGCAGAUCCCCCAGCUGCUGGAGUCGGCCUUUCCCACGCUGCCUUGCACCGUGAAGUUGUCCGACGUCCCCAAAGUGUUCCAGGAGCGCCACAUCCACACCGGCUACCGGCAGACGGACCAGAGCUGGCGCUACUACUUCCUCACCCUCUUCCAGAGGCACAACGAGACCAUCAACGUGUGGACGCACCUGCUGGCAGCCCUCAUCAUCCUGGUGAAGUGGCAGGAGAUCUCAGAGACUGUGGACUUUCUGCGUGACCCCCAUGCCCAGCCCCUCUUCAUCGUGCUCCUGGCAGCAUUCACUUACCUCUCCUUCAGCGCCCUCGCUCAUCUCCUCUCUGCCAAAUCAGAGCUGUCUUACUACACCUUCUACUUCCUGGACUAUGUAGGGGUUGCAGUCUACCAGUAUGGGAGCGCCCUGGCGCACUACUAUUAUGCGGUAGAAAAAGAGCUGCACACCAUGGUGCGUGGCUUCUAUUUGCCUUCGGCAGCCUUCCUGGCAUGGCUUACCUGCUUCGGCUGCUGCUACGGGAAGUACGCCGGUCCGGAGAUGCCCAAGUUCGCCCACAAGCUCUUCCAAGUGGUGCCGUCGGCCUUGGCGUACUGUUUGGACAUCAGCCCCGUGGUGCACCGCAUUUACAGCUGCUACAGAGAGGGCUGCUCUGACCCCAUGGUGGCGUACCACGCCUACCACGUCAUCUUUUUCCUGGUCAGCGCCUACUUCUUCUGCUGCCCCCACCCGGAGAGCUUGUUCCCCGGGAAGUGCGACUUCAUCGGGCAGGGCCACCAGAUCUUUCACGUGUUCGUGGUGGUGUGCACCCUGAUGCAGAUCGAGGCCCUGCGAACAGACUUCACGGUGCGCCGGCCCCUGUACGAGCGUCUCCAUGGAGACCUGGCGCACGACGCCGUGGCGCUCUUCAUCUUCACCACCUGCUGUUGUGCUCUUACUGCUUUUUAUGUGCGCAAGCGUGUGCGGUCCUGCCUCCAUGACAAGGAGGAGUGAGGAUCCACUCAUUUUACCCUGUAGUGACGGUUUUAAGAAUAUUGAAGUGUUUUUGUCGAUGAAAAUAAUCAGUGUGUGACAGUGAUUUCUGAAAUACGUGAUCUGCCAAACAACAGUGAUGAAGAAGUGAUUGAGGAUGUGUUUUGUGACUCACAGCAGAGAAAAGGGAAUCUGUAGCACUGCAUUGAGUAUUAAGACUCCACAGUGGUUUGUUUUGCUUUCUUUACUCGGGUUUAUCAGCAGCGCCGCUCUCAGUCGUGGUUGCGAGGCAAAGUUUGCCUCCAAUAUACCGAAAACUGUCAUCUUCUCCUAAAGAAACAGCUACUUUUUGUUAAAAAAUCUGACUGUAGCAUUUUAGCUUAUGCAUGCAUUUAUUUCCAAAUGAUGUCACUUAAGACUCUAUUUUAAUAUACCAGAAUUGAUUUGCACCAAAGUAAAGCUUUCUUUGGGUUUACGACGGUACCGUUCUGUUGAGAAUAACGGGUAAAAGAACAAAACCGCACCAUUGAUUUCUCUUUGUUUUUCACAAAGGGCUGAAACUUCAGCUUCUGCCUUCCCACAUCCCAUGAUGUCAGAACUUCGGAGAGCAUGUUUCGUCGACGGUCGAUCAGAAUUGAGUCACAGAAGCCGAGUCUUAUGCUUUUUAGUGUGUUCAGCUUUUCUAUAAUGAAUAUUUAUGUGCCUCGACGCAUGUCCUUUUGGUAUAUACUGUGGAUGUUAAGUGUGUGAAUGUCUACGGAAGCUUAGCCUUGCACUUCGUCCCGACCCUGUAAAUAAGCCGUUUCCUCAGAAAGAUUCAUCCGGUUUCGUUAGCCUCGCUUUACUCUUAGCCGUUUGUUUUUCGGUGCAUCUUUUCUGAGCAUAUGUUGUGUUCAGGGCCUGGAGGACUUGGCACGACUUUUAAUGGGUUUGAAUUCAUUAUGUGGUACUGUCACUCUGAGGAGGUGCUUUUUGUUACCUUUAUUUUUUAGAAAAUUGAGUCAUUUAAAAUAUUGCUUCAGUUUUAGCGUAUAGUCUGAAAUGGCCAUUACCUCACUCUCUGUUCAUGACGAUUAAUGUGCCAAUGAAAUCUGUUUUUUUUGUUGUUUCUUCAGUGAUGGUGCAGCUACGAGGCGAAUGCAGACCGUCAGGUCAGUUUGAAUGUUGUUGGUCUGAAUGCAAACGCGUGAACCGCAGCACUACUUCAAAGUUAUCUCAGACUCGUCCUCAUUAUGCACUGCCUGGAUCAACACUGUAUUUACGGAGGCUGGCAGCACCGGCUGUGUCUAAUGCACUGAAGCGAUAAUGUCAUUGUGUUUGGAUCUGCUGAAACGUGAUGCAGAGUCAAUCUGUUAUUCAGUUCAGAGGAGCCUUUCAUCUCCGUACGGAGAAACCUUCUCUUUUUGUUCUUUUUCAUUGUUCCGUGCAUGCCAGUUAAAGUAAAACAGUUUUGUUUUCGUUUUUUUAGUUUUAAAGACACCAAAAAAAAAAAGAUGUCUGUAAAACUCUCACCAGCCUAACCUGUACAGUGACAGAAGGUGUUGUCUCGGCCACUAGAGGAAAUAAAUCCCAACCUGUUUUACAGCUAAAAUCAUGUCACAUGGCUUUGAAGAACCACAGGUUCUCGACUGGAACGUACCUAGAACUCUGUGUGUGCGUGUUUGUGGGUGUGAGGCUCCUCCAAUGAAAAACGGGGUUUGAUGGACCAGAACUACUUCUGCCUCUAAUGUAAAAACAAAAAAAGGAAUUGACUGUACUAAUAUUCUGUGUUAUUUAAGAAAAUAAAGUGUUACUAUAACUUAAACACUGUAA